AUGGCGGCGCGCAGGACGGCAGUGCUGGAGGCGUCCCCGCAGCACGAGCAGGUAGGGUCGCGGGCCGGGGAGGCGCGGCCAGGGUCCCGGGGCUCAGCCGGGGCGGGGCGGCUCGCKCAGCUGGUCCCCAGUCCCGCCGCCCACACGGUGUGGCCGGCCCUGGACAGGGACGAUGACCUCUGGAAGAUCUCUCACACAAAGCUUUCUGCGGAUGAUGAGUGGAAUCUGCAGCAGGAGAGGAUGUACAAGAUGCACCGUGGCCACGAGUCCAUGCACGUGGAGAUGAUCUUGAUCUUCCUCUGCACCCUGGUUGUCGCCCAGGUAGUGCUGGUGCAGUGGAGACAGAGGCACGGCCGGUCCUACAACCUGGCAACCUUGCUGCAGAUGUGGGUCGUCCCUUUGUAUUUCACGAUAAAGCUUUACUGGUGGCGGUUUCUAUCCAUGUGGGGAAUGUUCUCGGUGAUCACCAGUUAUAUCCUCUUCAGAGCUACCCGAAAACCCCUCUCGGGGAGAACACCMCGAUUGGUGUACAAAUGGUUCCUCCUCAUCUAUAAGCUCAGCUAYGCAUUUGGCGUUGUGGGUUACUUGGCUAUCAUGUUUACAGUGUGUGGAUUCAACUUAAUUUUCAAAAUCAAGGCUAGAGAUUCCAUGGAUUUUGGCAUUGUGUCCUUGUUCUAUGGCCUCUACUAUGGGGUAAUGGGGAGAGACUUUGCGGAGAUCUGCUCAGAUUACAUGGCUUCUACUAUAGGGUUCUACAGCGUCAGCGGGAUGCCCACAAGGAGCUUGGCUGACGACAUCUGUGCCGUCUGUGGACAGAGGAUCAUCGUGGAGCUSGAUGAAGAGGGGCUCAUUGAAAACACCUACCAGCUGUCGUGCAAUCACGUCUUUCACGAAUUCUGCAUCCGAGGUUGGUGUAUUGUUGGUAAAAAGCAGACCUGCCCUUACUGCAAAGAGAAGGUUGAUUUGAAGAGGAUGAUCAGUAACCCCUGGGAACGCACCCAUUUUUUGUAUGGGCAAAUCCUGGAUUGGCUUCGAUAUCUGGUGGCCUGGCAACCUGUGGUAAUAGGAGUCGUUCAAGGCAUUAACUAUUCACUGGGGCUGGAAUAGCACAGCAGACUUACUCCAGCAGCAAUGUAUUGCAUGGCUGAAAUAUUUUUAAAUCCUUCAUUCUAUAUUUAAUAUUGAUAUUCCUUUUUCAUUUUAGAGAUGAUCCCCAGAGUUCAGAAAACUAAAUAAAAUUUGGUAUCACACUUAGAGCAAUUUAUCUUUGUGCAAAGAAUUAAAGAGAAGCUAAAUGGUGGAAUAAACAAAUAAAGUAUGCUCUCACAUCUUUCCUAU